UUAAGUCACCCGCUGGACCCUACCCUAGCGUGUUCACAUAAAAUGAUUAGCAAAGCACAAUACAUUCAUUUUCUUGUAUUGGUUUUAUCUUUCCAUAACACAUACGGGUACGGUGGCAGCGCCUAUGGCGGUUGGCAAAAAGCCCAUGCAACAUUUUACGGAGGCUCCGAUGCUUCUGGAACAAUGAUACGUGGGGCGUGUGGAUAUGGUAAUUUGUACAGCCAAGGUUAUGGGACUAAUACUUCUGCAUUGAGCACUGCCCUUUUCAACAAUGGGCUGAGCUGUGGUGCGUGCUACGAAAUGAGGUGCAACGACGACCCCAAAUGGUGUCUUCCGGGGACGAUAACCAUCACCGCCACCAAUUUCUGCUCACCAAACUAUGCAUUAGCUAAUAACAACGGCGGCUGGUGCAAUCCACCUCUUCAACACUUCGAUCUGGCUCAGCCUGCAUUCUUGAAAAUUGCACUGUACCAUGCUGGUAUAGUUCCUGUGGCCUAUAGAAGGAUUCCAUGUGUGAAGAAAGGAGGAAUGAGGUUCACAAUCAAUGGCCAUUCUUACUUCAACUUGGUGUUGAUAACAAACGUAGGUGGAGUAGGAGAUGUGCAUGCAGUAUGGAUCAAAGGGUCAAGCACUGGUUGGCAACAGUUGUCAAGAAAUUGGGGCCAAAAUUGGCAGAGCAAUUCAUACCUAAACGGCCAAAGUCUUUCUUUUAGAGUAACAGCCAGUGAUGGCCACACAGUUACCAGCCACAACAUUGUACCAGCAGGCUGGCCGUUUGGACAGACUUUUGAAGGAGGCCAAUUUUUAACAAGUCCUAGGAAACAAUAUUUGUCUCUCAUUAACCGUGUUUCCACAUAUUGGCAAAAGGUAAUGCAGCCGUAAGGCUUUUACAUUCAAGAAGUUCUAAAUUCCUAUAUAUAAAUGUAUACCGUGUGUAUAAUGUUUUCUUACAAAGUACUAAAAUGUACUAGAAAAUAUAAAAAUAAAAUUUUAUC